GGGAAAUUGGUGGGUGGAGUGGUGCAAAAUGGGGGGCCUUCCUAUACUCUCUCCUUCUCUCUCACAUUGUCUGCUCAUCAUUCCAUGGAUCUGUAAGUUAAUUUGUUUUUCAUGGAAUUUCUGCUUUCUGGCCGAACUGUCUGCGUUGAAUUGAGGCACAAGUUUGCACUUUGUGCUUUUCGUCUGGCUGGAUUUUGCAGGAAUUUCAUAAAUUGGAGGUUGUCCAAGCUUAAUUUUCUCCUCCACCAGCAAAUUGGUUUGAACCUUCGGUGCGAUCAGGAGGACUCGUGAAGGAUCAGGGUUUUGGUGAUGGCUUCAAAUCCUCCAUUGCAUGUGGAGGAUCAGACCGAUGAGGAUUUCUUUGAUAAAUUGGUGGAGGACGAAGUGGAGCCUGUUAAGUCUGUUCAGAAUGAUGGGUAUGCUUCCGAUGACGUGAAAGUAUUUGCAAAUAUGAGUACUAGUGAUGCUGAUGAGGCAUUGGAGAAUUCGAACGCUAAGGAAAGUGAGCUUGGUGCCAAAGGUGAACAUGGCAGUGCGAAAUUGGAUGAGGUAUUGGUUGGUGCCCAUGCAGAGGAGAAAAAUUCAUCGGUGUCGUCUAGUUCAGUUCGGUGCGAUAGUAGGAUCUCCCCCAGUAACGAUGAGAUGGGAUCACAAUGCACAUCGCCUUCAAAUGUAAAUAACAGCAACGAAAUCAUCAGUUCAGAGGUUAAGGAGGUAGGAUGGAAUUCAUUUCACGGUGAUUCGAAUGAAGGUAACGUGUUUGGUUUGGACUCUGACUUUUUUAAGGAAUUGGGAGAUAAAUCUGGAGAUUUUCCAGGGAAAGCAGAUGAAAAUUUAAAUACUGAGGUGAAACAUGGUUUUGAAGCUCAAAGUGAUGGCAUAAAUGCUUCAUUCAAUCAUAUGCAAUAUGAGGACGGCCAAGGUUGUAAUGCAUCUAUGGAACAAAAUGCAAAUGGGCAUGAUCAAAGUAGCAGCCAGUACUGGGAAGAUUUUUAUCCAGGUUGGAAGUAUGAUUACAACACCGGGCAAUGGUAUCAAGUGGAUGGCUAUGAUGCAACAACGUCCGCUAAUGAGGGAAGUAUUGAAGCCAAUUCUGCUGUAAACUGGACUGCUGCAUCUAAUGGAACAGCAGAGGUUUGUUACAUGCAGCAAACGGCUCAGUCGGUUGCUGGAACCGCAGCUGAAACGGGCUCAACAGAAAGUGUCUCCACCUGGGGUCAGGGUUCGCAAGGGACUAACGGAUACCCAGAACAUAUGGUCUUUGAUCCUCAGUAUCCUGGUUGGUAUUAUGACACAACUGCCCAAGAAUGGCGCUUGUUGGAGACCUACAAUUCCAUCCAAUCUACUUCUUGUGGACUUGAAAAUGGGCAUUCCUCUACCAUUACGUGGUCACAUGAUACUAAUAGUUUCUAUGGUGAGCAUCAACAAGCUGGCGCUUACGAAUCACAGGGUGUUGGUAGCCAGGCGGCAGGGGGCAGCUGGAGUGGUUCGUAUGGUAUCAAUGGUCAGCAAGGUCUGGGCACGUAUACGACUGAAACUUCUAGUAAAAGUGGGGAUAGUAUGAGUACGGUUGGAAAUCAGCGAUUCAGUCAUACUUACUGUUCAAGUUAUUCGGUAGAGAACAAUCAAUUAAAUACUUCUAGCUCCUUGAGAUCGGUUUCACUGAACAAGAAUGUAACCCAUAGUCGUGGUUUGUCUAAUGGAACUGUUGAACUCCAGAGCUUUGUCCCGAAUACAGAUAUUGUUCAGCAGUUCAAUCAUCCAAAUACAAAGUUUGAUGAGCAAAAAGAUUAUUCAGAUCAUUAUGCUGAAAGUCAGAUGCCCACUAGCUAUUCUCGGCAGUCAUACCAGGGAGGGCAUCACUUUUCUCAUGCCCCUCAUGCGGGAAGAUCAUCCGCUGGACGACCUCCUCAUGCUCUUGUAACAUUUGGAUUUGGUGGAAAACUCGUUGUCAUGAAAGAUUCUAGUUUUUUGAGCUCAUCAUACGGAAGACAGGAUACUGCACAAGGUUCUAUUUCUGUGUCGAACUUGAUGGAUGUUGUCAUGGUAAACACUGGUUCUACCAGCAUCGGUAAUGUUGCUGGUGAUUAUUUCCGUGUCCUGUGCCAGCAAUCUUUCCCAGGUCCGUUGGUUGGGGGAAGCGUUGGAAGUAAAGAACUGUACAAAUGGAUAGAUGAGAGGAUUGCAAACUGUGAAUCGCCUGACAUGGAUUUCAAGAAAGGUGAAAGGCUGAGACUGCUUUUCUCCUUGCUUAAAAUAGCUUGUCAGCAUUAUGGGAAACUACGUUCUCCUUUUGGUACAGACGCCAUGCUAAAAGAAAAUGAUACUCCUGAGUCAGCGGUGGCAAAACUCUUUGCAUCUGCCAAGACGAGUGGCAGAGAGUUCUCUCAAUAUGGUGUUUCGAGGCACUGCUUGCAGAAUUUGCCUUCUGAAGGACAGCUACGGGCAACUGCUUCUGAGGUGCAAAAUCUUCUUGUCUCUGGAAAAAAGGAGGAGGCCUUACAAUGUGCACAAGAAGGUCAAUUGUGGGGACCUGCUAUUGUUCUUGCCUCACAACUUGGUGAUCAGUUCUAUGUUGAUACGGUGAAGCAAAUGGCACUUCGCCAACUGGUUGCAGGGUCUCCGCUGCGUACAUUAUGCCUUCUAAUUGCAGGGCAACCAGCUGAAGUCUUCUCUGGUGACACCUCUGUUAGCGGGCAUCCUGGUGUUGCUAAUGUACCUCAGCAUCCUGCACAGGUUGGAUCUAAUGGCAUGCUUGAUGAUUGGGAGGAGAAUUUGGCUGUAAUAACUGCAAACAGAACAAAAGGUGACGAACUUGUAAUUAUUCAUCUUGGUGACUGCCUGUGGAGGGAAAGAAGUGAGAUUACUGCUGCACACAUCUGCUAUUUAGUUGCUGAAGCCAACUUCGAGUCAUACUCCGACAGUGCAAGAUUGUGUUUAGUCGGAGCAGAUCACUGGAAAUUUCCCCGAACUUAUGCUAGUCCAGAGGCUAUCCAGAGGACUGAGUUAUAUGAAUAUUCAAAGGUGCUUGGAAACUCUCUGUUUAUUUUACUUCCAUUUCAGCCGUAUAAGCUCAUAUAUGCAUAUAUGCUAGCUGAAGUGGGCAAAGUUUCAGACUCUUUAAAAUAUUGCCAGGCAUUAUUGAAAUCUCUAAGAUUUAGCGGUGCACCGGAAGUAGAGAAUUGGAAACAGUUGCUGUUUUCUCUUGAAGAGAGGCUUAGAACCCACCAGCAGGGUGGAUAUGCUGCAAAUUUGGCUCCUGCGAAAUUGGUGGACAAAUUGUUAAACUUUUGAUAGUACUGCACAUAAGUUGUUGGUGGUCCCCCACCACUUGCUCCAUCAUCAUCACAUGGAAGUGUUCAUGGAAAUGAGCAACACCGCCAGCAUAUAGCCUCAAGAGUAUUCAAUAGCCAAUCAACAAUGGCCAUGUCAUCAUUACUUCCAUCUGCUUCAAUGGAACCAGUAAGUGAGGGGACAGCUGAUGGCAAUAGAAUGACUAAGACUAACAGAAGCGUUUCAGAACCAGACUUUGGUAGGAGGCCUAGACAGGUGUGA